AUGGCUACCGAGGUCGAACACCCCGUGGGCCUCGUCCAGCAAGUCUCGACACCCGGCUCAUCAACCCCUCAAGAUGUCUCUCCCACAUCCGCCCACAAGAUGGACCAGACUCCCUCCCCCUCCACCUCCACCCACAAUGGACAGCCUCCCUCUUCGCAAUCAAGGCGCCCGCCGCGCAAGAGCACCCUGACCCAACAGCAAAAGAACCAGAAGAGACAGCGCGCCACUCAGGACCAGUUGACGACUCUGGAGGUGGAAUUCAACAAGAACCCAACCCCCACUGCCACCGUUCGUGAGCGGAUAGCAGAAGAGAUCAACAUGACCGAAAGGUCUGUUCAGAUCUGGUUCCAGAACAGACGCGCCAAGAUCAAGCUUUUGGCCAAGAAGAGCCUCGAGACCGGCGAAGACAUCGAUUCGAUCCCCGAAUCCAUGCGAGCCUACCUCGCUAUGCAGGCGAUGGAGUCCGGCAAGGGCCUCGGCGGCCCCUUCCUUGGCCGUACAGGUCUUCUCCCCUACGGCCACAACAACAUGCUUCUCGGCGGUGACCAGAACGGCCAGGGCAAAGUUUUGAUCCAUCAUCUCACCUGCCGCUCUCUGAGCAUCGGCAAGUGGACUCGCGUGGGACAGAACACGAUGGAUCUCAUCAUCUUCUACUCCCCUGACAAGUGCACCAUGACCUACUACAUCAACAACGAGCAGGCCGGCUACAAGAUCGAGUACCCCUUUGCUUACAUCAAGAAUAUCUUCCUUGAGAACCAGGAGGGUGACCCCAACAAGCCUGGUGGCAUCGUCAUCGAGCUGAACCGGGCUCCCAACUUCUUCAUGGACUCCUCCCCUCAAGCCAGCGGGUUCUUCCAGUGUGGCGACUUCACCGAGGACCAGCAGGCCUCGCACUGCUUGGUUCACCACCUCGGUGGCAACCCCAAGGUUCUCAGCGGCCAGUUGGCCAAGCUUGUCUCCUUGGAGGCCUUCAUGAACCGCAACAACCCGCACCCCUUCAUCGACCAGCAGCACGCCCUGUCCAUGUCCGCUCCUGUGUCGCCCAGCCGCCCUUCUUCUCAGCCCAACUUUGCCCAGCCGCACGUUGGUAUGUUCCAGGAGUCUUGGGGCAUCAACCACAUGCACCCUGGCAUGCGCGGACCUGGCCACAAGAGACAGCGCAGUCGCUCCGUGCCCAUGGCUGUCGAUUUCUCGAUGCUCCAAACUCCCAUGCCCUCCUUCUAUAUCCAACAGCCGGGUGAAAUGGCAGCUCCUCAGACGCCUGGUCCCAACAUCUACGCACCGAUUCCCCAGGCGCCCGGCGGACUCGGCCCCAACUUGAGAAUCGACACCCAAGCCGGAUUCGGUCUGGAUAUGCGCCAGUACCCGAUGUCUGCCACCACCGCCUCCCCUUCCGAGUUCCCGACGAGCCCCAACUUCUUCUCCCAGGGCCCUGAGCCGAGCCCUCUCCCGGCCGCUUCCAGCUACAACACGCCGUACGGCAGUGCCUUCCUCUCUCCCAUGGCACACCCGUCACCGAGCAUGAUCCCGCCCUCCGUGUCUCCCCUCUCAUUCGGCAGCCACCACGGAGAGCCGUCCAUUGUUGAGCAGUCGCCUCCGCUCUCCAUGCUUGGUAGAUCUGCAUCCGCCGAUAUCUACCAGCAGGGCGACAACGGAUCAUGUGCCGUAUCUGAUGAUGGUACCGGCCUGAAUGAGAUGUACUCCAAGCACACCAUUAACCUGCCGAUGCACCCUCACUCACCUGCGUAUGGUGAGCAAGGCCACAACGACCUCGACAUGAACCAACUGGUCCAGUUUGACCACGUUGACCCCAACUCAAUGUCUCCCGAGUCCAUGCACCAAACACCCCACUGA